CAUGAAUAGCUCUAUCGUCAUUAGCUUCUUCACCUUCAUCGCCUUCAUCAUCAUUUUCUCUAACUUCUCCGUAAACAUCUUCGUCAUCUUCUUCGCUGCUUUCUUCAAAUUAAUUUGCCGGUUUGAAUACGUUUCACUUGCCGCCAAUUCAAAACAUUCCCCCACCAUACGAAGUUUGCUUAUUGUUAGUGAAACGUGGCGCGGACGCGUGUGACUGUCGAAAAUCAAGACGACAUGUAUUAAUUCCUUUGAGGUAAAAUCAGUUGCGUUACAUUAUCAUCACUAUCAUCUUUGUUUAAUUAAUACGUGUUCAUUUAUUAAUGUAAUGAAUGCAUUCUUCGAAUUCUUUCUCAUUGCAUCGUGUAUUCGAUUGUUAAUAAUACCGGUAACUUCCGCCAUUUGUUUCCCACACACAGAUUUAGCAUUAAAUACUUUCAAUUUAAAUUAUUGUCAUUGCCGAAGAAACAAAUUUUUAAACUUUUCAUUUCAAUUGACUAUAAUUAAAAUAUACUCUGUGCUCUGUGUUUUAUUAUUUAUCAUACAUUUACGUAAUGAAAUUACAUGGUUUUCCAAAGUGACAUUCGUUCUGUUUUAUUGGUUACGUAUUUGAUUUUUGAAUUAUUUCUAUUUUAUAUUACGAGUUUUUAAAUUGGGAUGUAUAUUGAGCUGUUAUUUCAUGUUGUUAUCAUUGAUUUUAAUUGUUUUAUAUUCUCGGCUUCUUUUACAGAAUAUUCGUCGAUCACGUGGGUAGUUUCGAACGAAUAGUUUUGCAACAUGGCGCCAAAAACGGUUAAUCGACGAUUCGAUAAUUUUCACUGCGGAUUUUGAUUUAUUAUAAGGAAGGUACGUAUAUGUUUGUGAUUUAUAAUUAAUGUAAUACUCAUAAUUAAUUAAUAUGCAAUAAUGUUUAAUAUUGGUACUGCGUAGUUAAUAAGUAUACAGGAAUAUAUAUAUAACUAAUGAUAAAUAAUUUCAUAUUGAGAAUACUGAGAUGAAAAUUUAUAAGAAUUUUCAUAUAUUUCGAAAUGUACUUUGUUAUUUUAUUUCAAUAUAAUUGAACGAAUUAUUUUACAUUUAUUCAAUAAUUUACUGCAAAUAAUCGUUUUUAUGAAUAAAUUUUCAUUUUAAUUUUAAUUUCAAGUUUUGUUGUAGGUUUUUUCAUAACCUCCAUUUCUCCCUAUGAUGCUUCAAAAAUCAAUGAUGUAAGUACCUUUAUAAACUGUAUUUGAAAUAACUCCACUUCUUGCUUUAAUUUUCAUUACUGAAAAAAAAAAACAAAAUUUCAUUGGAAAUUUAGAAAGUUUGAACUUUUCUCUUUUGAACUGAAUACAGUCAUUAAACUAAUAUGCUCUAUAUUCUGUUAUAGAUUUUUCACUUCUCCCAUGGGACUCGAUUCCUGUUGACGAGCUUCACGAUUGCUUCCCUUGGCACAACGAUGACAAUGUUCUUCGCAUCGAAUCGUAAGUCAAAUGCAUUUUUAUUCGUAUGAUCACUAUGUGUUUUAUUCUUAUUUGUAUUUUAUUUGUAUAGAAAUAACACAUUCUUGUCUGUAUUAUAUUUGAAUAGAUUUUUUUAGGGGGAGGGAAGUAUCACGUAUUUAUUAAUUGAAAUUUCAUAUACCUUGUCUGAAAUUGAAACUAUUUUAGACGAAACUUUUAAUAUUUGGAACCGUAGCACGAGGUCUAUGAGAUUUACCGUUUGUCGGUAACACUGUAUGGAAUUGCAACCACCUCGUCAAUCGAUAAUGAAGAAAAUAUUAGUAGAAAAAUAUGAUUAGAAAUUGCCCGGUAACCGAUAAGAAAUAACAUCAUUGAUAAUUAUUCAUGCAAAUUAUUCAUACAGUAAAUUAAACAAAUAUAAUAUUGAUUAGUAACAGAAUCGAUUGUUACUCAACAACCAUUAAAACUGACAAUUUAUCAAAUAUCGCGCAACUCAAUAAACGUGUAACAAAUACAAACGUGCAA